AUGAAAAACAAAUAUGAAAACUUGAAGAAAGAUUGGGUUGCAUGGAAGAAGCUGGAGAAUGCCAGUCAAGGCUUGACAAGACUUAAGUACGACCAGGAGACGGGUUUGUUCAUAGCUUCUAACCAUUGGUGGGCAAAAAUGCAAGCGAUGAACAACCAAUGUGCUAAGUUCAAGACGAAGCCUCUAGAACACUUAGAGCUCAUGGAACAGGUGUACUCUAGCGUAGCUGCGAUGGGGAAAUGUGCGUGGACUCUAACUGAACUGCGCGAUGAUGAUACUGCUAUAGCCAAUGCAACCGAGGGCAGUGGCAUGAGACCUCUCAGUGUUGGCACACCACCACAUCUAGGCCAUGAUACUAUCGGGGAGAACGUGGUGGAUAGUUCCUUGUUCGACGAUGCUCCCCCGCAGUCUGUCACUGACGGAUCAGCCAAUGCAAAACGUCGCAAGCGACCAGCGCCUGGUACUGUCGCUAGUAGCAUGGACAACCUUGUGGAGGCUGUCAACAAACAAAGCCGGGAACUGAAAAUUACACAAUAUGUUGUCACAGGGAAGGGUGAGAACACUGUGGGGGACUGUCUUGCAAGGCUAAUGAGCACGCCAGGAUUGGAGCCUAACGGCAAGUUGUUCUCAUUCGCUUGCGGCAUAAUGGAUUCACCCGAUAAUCAUGACCUCAUCAUGUCCCUUCCCCAGGAUUACAUUGUCAACUGGUUGAAAGAGAAGCGUGCCUGCAUGUUGGCCAAUGUUGGUAGGAAACGUGAAUGGGACGUACGUUUGUUCGUGAGUGAUGGUGUGGUUGAUAUGAAUUAA